AUGUUCAUUUGUUUGUUUUGGUUGUUUUGCCAUCUACCUGUGUCUUUCGCAGCAAGUCUUUCAUUCAACAUUCCUUCCACUCCACCAUCAAAUGCAAGUGCCACUCUUACAGACGCUCCUGUGGGUGUAUCAUUCGAAUUCUUUGCAUACCCCGCGUACGUAACGGAUGUUGCCUCAACCCAGCGGUGCCUGGAGAAUUUCAAAGACUUGACUGGAGUGUGGCCACCCAUUCGUAUAGGCGGAACCACACAGGACCGAGCCACAUACGAUGCAUCCUCAAGUGAUGCUGUCACCUACACUGUGGCAGCUUCCACCGAUGCUCCUGAUUCUCUCACCUUUGGUCCAUCUUUCAUGACACUAGCUGCCGAGUACGGAGGAGAUGUGACACUGGGACUCAACCGUCGCCUGGACAACAUUUCAAAUACAAUUGCAGCUGCGAGCGUCGCAGUAGAUCGGAUGGCUAACCUAUACGCCAUUGAGUUGGGAAAUGAACCUGAUUUCUACUCCGAUACUGACCCAAUAGCCGACGGUGCCUCCUGGACUGCCGCCGCUGACUAUGCAUCUCAAGUCAAAUGGCAAGAUGAAGUAUUUGGAAAUUUAUCUAUUGGCAACCUUGCCUCGGCGGGCGUCUACUUCGGAACAUCUCCAGAAAGCAUAGUCGGUCUUACCGCGGUUGAAGGCGAUGCUAAUGAUUAUGUGAAAGAUUACUGCUCUCACAAUUACCCCCAGUCCGCAAGUACAGCUGACCUUGAGACGCUCAUGGGCCACAGCGAUAUUGCAUCGGAGAUUGAGCCUUUCGCUGCGGAGGUCGCUGCGGCCACAAAAAAGGGAAAGGAGCAUGUUUUUGGCGAAACCAACUCUGCGACGGGCGGCGGUGGUGGCAUAAGUCCGACAUUUGGCGCUGGUCUCUGGAUCUUGGACUAUGUCAUGCAAUCCCUGAUCAUGGGGACUAAGUCAUUGUACUUCCACCAAGGCACAAUCGGAAACUGCCAAUAUUGCUGGUGGGGUCGCUACGAUAUGGGCUCACCCUACUUUGGAGCCUAUUUCGCUACAAUGGCACUAGCAAACGCGGACCAAGUAGCUCCGCUCGACAGCGGGGAUACGGCAUUUGCAGCAUACGCCAUUUACAAGUCAGAUUCUCCUAUUCGAGUUCUUCUAUAUAACUCAGAGUACUACACUAGUGGAACCAGAUCAACUCAGGAGUUUGUGUUGAGCGGACUAUCCUCAUCGACCCUAACAGCUAAACGACUCACUGCCUCGUACGCGACAUCUCGGGUUGAUGAAGGGGACAGUCCUACAGUUGCGGGACAAUACUUUGGAAAUGGUAAUUGCACUCUCAUGGGUACUCAGGUUACUGAGACCACUACGGCUUCUUCUGGUAAAGCUACUUUCACUGUGGGGGCGUCGGAGGCCCUCCUGAUCGAGCUUGCUUGA